AUGACAAAAGAAUUAGAGCAGACAUAUAUUGACGAAGAUGGAAAUCUACAAUUUAAAGACCAAUACUUAGAGGAAAUAAAUGAAGAGAACUUGAACAAAACACAGGAUCAUAAUCUGAAAGAGAUAUUAGAAAAACUGAUAGAAACAACACAAAAUAAAGGUAAAGAAAAAAACUUAAAACAAAUAGCAGACAAAUUUUUGAUAGAAAAAUUUUCAAGCAAAAAUACUAAUGCUAAUCAAUGGAUGGAAAGCUUUGAAAAAGAGUGCUCUAGAUUUCAAAUAGAUGAAAAAGAGGAUAAAAUUGAAUUAUUAAAAUCAUUCUUGGACAAACCAAGUUUAGAUUGGUACUCUUCUACACUUAUAAGAUUAACAGUAAAUGCUGGUUGGUCAGAAUGGAAAAAAAGAUUUUUAGAAUGCUUUACAGAUAAUGGAUGGAAUAAUGUUACUUAUGCACUAUCAUUUAAAUAUCGAGAAGGUUCGUUAACCGAUUAUGCUAUGAAAAAAGAAAAACUUUUAAUAGAUUUUAAUAAAGAUAUGGAUAUUAAAUCACUUAUAGCAUUAAUAGCAGUAGGGCUACCAGAAUUUAUACUGAACAAAAUUGAUAAAUCAGAAUUAAAAGAAACAACAGACUUAUAUAAUAAUUUGAGACAGCUCGAAUGUCAAGUAAAAAAAAAUCCUCAAAAAAAACAAGACUUCCAAAAAAAUAUCAAAUAUGAAGAAAAGAAACCUUGUAAGAUAUGUGAAGAUUUGGGUAAAGGUGUGAGAUAUCACCCUAAUGAAAAGUGUUGGUUUAAGAGGAACGAAGAAAAUAGAGAAAAAAACAUUACAACAAGAAAGGUAAAUAACAAUUCUAUCUUAGAUGUAGAAGUUUAUGAUAAACCAAAAAACGAAUAA